ACGUUUCGUAGCUAAGUAAUAAAUACUAAAUAGUAGAGUGCCUUGAAUCUUGAUAGAGACCAUAGAAAUAUAUAAACAAGAGACAACAUCUCUAAAAACGACAUCGCUGUUCGGAGUGCAUUCUGGCGGAUGAACAAUUUUGGAUCAUUUUUAUCAGCACUUUUAUCAGACUUUUGUAGCACUUUUACAAUGAUAACAUUUAAAAUACAGAAAACUCAAAACUUACUGUAUUCAUGAUCAAAAUAAAUGUUUGUAAACAUAAUAUAAUUAUUUAAUAUUCAUUGAACCACCGAUUAUAUGGAAAUUAUUAAUUGAACAUUGAUAAAUUGAUAAUAAUACUAUAUACAAUCAACUAUUCAAGAUUCAACAAUAAUUGUAUUUAUAAUAAAUAAUAGAUCUUAGAUAUUAUUUAUCAAAUAUUAUAAAUAAUUUAUUACUAAUCUAACAAAAUAAGAAAUAUUAACAAUAUUGUCAAUUUAUAUAAUUAUCGAUAAAUAUCAAUUUUAAUUUUUGAGUCGCUUGACAUAAUUUACAUAUUCAGUCUAAAAUUCUUUGCUAUGGAUCAAGAGAGUAUUACAGACCCACGAAAAAUUAACUUUCAAAACAACCGGUUGUGUUAUGUUGGCCAAGAUGUUACAAGUAUUCCAGAAGUACUGGGGAAAAUGUAUGGAUCCAAAGUCAGGUCUUUAGAUCUGAGCUUCAAUAGUUUGACUACUUUAAAUCAUUCUGAACUAUUUCCUGAUUUAGAAGAACUUGUCUUAGAUAACAAUAAUCUAGAUGAUACUAUUAAAUUACCUUAUUUACCACAUUUACAUAUACUCUCAAUGAAUAAUAAUAAAAUCACAAUUUUAGAAAACUUGGUAACCCAGAUAAAAUAUAAUAUGCCUUCUUUAAGAUUUCUCAGUUUGAUUGGAAACAAAGCUUGCCCAACACAGUUAAUAGAUUUUGAAAAAGAUGAAAACGAUUAUAAUAGAUAUAGGUAUUUUGUUUUACAUUAUUUACCAGAACUGAGAUUUCUUGAUUCAAGACCAGUUACUAAUGAAGAACUAGAUACUGCAUUAACUAAAGGCGAAUUCACAAAAAUCAUACGCCCACGUCUUGAAAAUGAACCACUUCGAUUUGAUUGGAAAUUAUCUCUUGGAUCCCAAUCUCGAGCAGAUACUUCAAGUAUUUUUUCCCCGCUUUCUGUUUCACCAACACAAGAAAUACAUCAUCAAGCUGCAUAUGGUCGACGUCGAUACCGUUAUGCUGGAAAACAUUCAGAGGGCAACCGUUUUAUUUUAAAUAGAGAUUUAUAAAGUUUUAUAACAAUAUUUUAACAUUAAUUUACAAGAUUAAAGAUAUAAUAUCAAUUUUUAUAUAUAUUAACAUAAAUAAUUUUAUGUAAUUGACUUUCAAGACAUAUUAAUUUAUUUAUAACCUUAGUAAUUAUUAUAUUUCUACAGAAUUAUAUAUUUUAGUUAAUAAUAGUUUGUGUAAAAUGUUAGUGAACUUAAAUUGAAUUUAUUAAAACUGUAAAAACCAAAUUUUACCUAAUUCAUAGUUAGUAUAUAUUACGUAUCAUAUAUUAAUUAGUACAGAUAUGUUUAACUUAUGUUUACAAAAUCACACUUAAUUGUUUUGUUUUGGUUAUUUUGAUCUUUUAUAAUAUAUUUUUAUUCUUGAGAAUUAUACAUGUAAUUGAUCUGUAAUAUUUUUAUUUAAUAUAUAUUUUAAAAUAUUUUGAUUUUAAA